AUGAGUCUCGAGGAGCUCGAUACUCAACUCCAGACCUGCCCAAUUGUCGAGCAACUCAAUGCCGCAAAGCACGCACACCAUGCUGCUGCCCCCUCGUCGAUGACCUCGCGCCUCUUCGCCGUUCUCUUCCCUGGCUCACCCGCCGUAAACGCCCUCCUUGCGACCCUCUACAUCUCCGGCCCGCCAAACUUCCUUCUCGCCCUCUGCCCGACCAACAUUGAUCCUGCUUCUCUUUCCGUCAUGGUUGCUUUUGCUGUGGGCGGUCUUCUCGGUGACACUCUUUUCCACCUUCUCCCUGAGAUCUUUGUUGGCGAAGAUCAUGAUGAGGCUGUCAAGUUCGUACUUGUCGAGCCUAACCGUAACCUUGUGCUUGGAUUGGGUAUAUUGGUGGGCUUUAUGACAUUCGUCGCUAUGGACAAGGGCCUACGAAUUGCUACAGGCGGAGCUGGUCAUGAUCACUCCCAUGCACAUGGUGAUGCGCACGCUCAAUCUCACAGUGAGGAUAAGGCUGUUUCUUCCGCUGUUGAUGCUACGGAUAGUCUUGUCAAGUCUCGCAAGAAGGGUAACGAGGACAAGGGUGCUGUUGUUGCCAAUGCUGUUGAGAAGCCUGAGAAGGAAAUCAACCCUAGCGUCAAGCUGGGUGGUUACUUGAACCUUAUUGCCGACUUUACACACAACAUCACCGAUGGCUUGGCCAUGUCUGCCAGUUUCUACGCCUCUCCUACCAUCGGAGCUACCACUACUGUCGCAGUCUUCUUUCACGAGAUCCCACACGAGGUUGGCGAUUUCGCUCUUCUCAUUCAGUCCGGCUUUUCUAAGCGAGCUGCUAUGGGCUCGCAAUUUAUCACUGCCUUGGGUGCUCUCCUCGGUACGCUCAUUGGUAUCGCUAUUCAGGAGUUCGGUAGCCCUAGCAGUGACGUCCCCAUGGGCCGUAACGAGGGUAUCUGGGGAACUAGCCUGACAUGGGGCGAUAUGCUUCUUCCCUUCACUGCCGGUACAUUCCUCUAUGUUGGAACCGUUGCCGUCAUCCCCGAGCUUCUUGAAACUGGUCCCAACAAGGCCAAAGAGCUGAAGAAUAUGCUCAUUCAGUUCUCGGCCGUGGCUAUUGGCGCUGGUAUUAUGUUGUACAUUUCGUGGCACGACUAG